GGCUAAGUUUAUUCAAUGUAUUGUUAUCGAGCGGUCACACUGCACACCACGUGUCGGAACUCGGCGAAAAAAGAUAUGAAUUUCAAAAAUGAAAUGUUUCAUUUUAAGCAUGAUUUAAAACCUUGGUGAAAGAAAGAAAAGAUGUGUCAGCCAUUACAAUCCAACGACUGAAGGAAAUACUGCAGCAGUACCUGCGAUUCCUUUUAGGAAAGUGUGAUUUUCAAUGGACACAUCGUAUCUUCCCUAGAACCCUGGCUGGACACAUCCGCAGAACAGUCAUAUACUUUAGAAAGGUUCUCUGCUCCAUGGACACAUCCAUAGACUAAGCGGCUAAAUCUGCCUUGUGAAAAAUGUGAUUUUCAAUGGACACAUCCUAAGAAUAGAAGGAUUAUAUCUGCCUUAAGACCGUGGAUGGAAGCAUCCUGAGAACAGUCUGAUUCCAUGUAAUUUGUAAGUACAUGUAUUUAAAUACUACAUAAAUUAUGAUACCUCAUGGUGAUGAUACCUUUGAUAGGGACAUCUGAUGUCUAUGACUGAUCUAUCAUGGUUUAACAUUCUGAAUAUUUGUUUUGUCCAGUCGAAAUGACAGUUGAAAUUACAGUAUAUUAUAAAAAAAUGUUUGCUUUUAUUACAGACAGGCCGUAAAGGUGAUAGAUCAUUGGGAUUCUAUUGAUAGCUUCGAUACCAUCUGUAGAUUGAUGUUCUCGAAUUAAGACAUUACGAAUUUCCCUUUCAGAUGCUACUGGGCAUGCACAAAUAUAUUUCGUACAAAUCAACAAAUGUUUCAUUUUUUUGGUCUCAAUCGAAACGCGGGCUGUAUUUUGGGUGCUGCCAACUCGCUACAACGAACAGCUGUUUGGCCAUUCCCAACAGGUUGGCAGUCUGGGCGCCAUCUGUUGACAACAAGACUGAUAAGGCAGCGUAAACGUCGCCGCUAAAAUUGUGAUCGUUCAGUCCAUUCAUUUUCACGGGAGAUCAAGAUCAACCAGUUCACAAAAAUCCAAAUAUGCUGCCCACCAAAACGGACUCCCGUCGACGUCUCAACGUUGGGGGCUCCGCCUCACCGUCUGGCGACUACAUCAAGGUGAUCGAUGGACAGACCGAAACGGAUGGAUUUGUGAACGAGCAGUGGAUGGAACCGGAGUUGAUUGAGCCCACGCCAUGGAAAACGAUACUCAUCAUCCUCAUCCUGUUCAUAGGCGGCACAAUAUCUAUUUGCUUUGCCACCAAUCUAUGGAUGGCGGAUAUCAAUCGAGAGCGUAGUGACCGUGUAUGGGCUUUGUCCAUUAUUGGAGCACUGACCAUUAUACCCGGCGGCUACUAUAUGUACGUGCUCUACUGCGUUCUGCUGCAUCGUCAUGGCUACACCAUGGACGAUAUUCGUCGACUGGGAUAAGGGAUCACAAAUUUGUGUUUGUUUUUUGUCGUACGUUUUGUCAAAUACAGUUUUAUUGCAUUUACUUUACACUACAA